CUGCGCUGUCGUCAUCAAAGCGCGCGGUAGAGGGUGGUCAUGCUUACAAGAGGAACGUGAACGAUUUAUUUGGAUAAGUUUUAUAUCUCUAUAGGUUUUGCGACAUUAGAGCAGCGAAUAUGAGAGAAACUCCUUUAUCAAACUGCGAGAAACUCUUUCUCCUUAAAUCUAUUAAGGAAAAAAAGCGUUUGGAUGGGAGGCAAACGUACGACUACCGCAAUAUAAAAAUCACAUUUGGCACAGACUAUGGCUGCUGUACAGUCAGUUUGGGGAAAACAAGGGUGUUGGCUCAGGUGUCAUGUGAACUGGUCCCUCCAAAAGAUUCCCGUCCCACUGAAGGCCUCAUGUUUUUUAACCUGGAGCUUUCUCCCAUGGCGUCACCUGGUUUUCAGUCCAACAGACAGUCAGAAUUGUUAGUGACUUUGAACAGGCAGCUGGAGAGGUGUCUGAGGAACUCCAGGUGCAUUGACACAGAGUCUCUGUGUGUCAUCUCAGGAGAAAAGGUCUGGCAGAUUCGAGUAGACGUACACAUUCUGAAUCACGAUGGGAAUUUGAUGGACGCAGCGAGCGUUGCAGCUAUAUCGGCUCUCUGUCACUUCAAAAGGCCGGAGGUGGCCAUCCAGGGCCGAGAAAUCACCGUGUUUAGUCCAGAAGAACGAGAUCCAGUUCCACUGAGUGUUUAUCACAUGCCUGUUUGUGUGAGCUUCGCUUUCUUCCAGCAGGGCACGUAUCUGUUGGUGGAUCCGUGUGAGAAAGAGGAGCUGGUCAUGGAUGGGCUCUUGGUCAUAGCUAUGAACAAACACAGAGAGAUCUGCUCCAUUCAGUCCAGCGGAGGCAUCAUGCUACUCAAAGACCAGGUUCUAAGGUGCAGCAAAAUAGCCAGUGUGAAAGUGACCGAGAUCACUGAGCUCAUCACUCAAGCCUUGGAAAAUGACAGACGAGUCAGGAAAGAAGGAGGCAAGUUUGGUUUUGCGGAGUCCGUGUCUAAGGAGAGAAUCACGGUUCUGACGCGAGAGGAAACCCCGCUGGAGAUGACGGAUGUCCAGGCGACGGCUGAUGAGAUCAUCAGAAAAGCAGACGCUCCUCCUGAUGUUGUGCCCUCCCCUGUGAUUGUUGCCAUGGGAACCGGACAGGUAGGGGAGGGGCUGGAGAACACUUGGGGUUUGGAGGAAGAUGAUGAGGAAGAGGAGACGUCCUACCUGACUGAACAGGAGAAGAAGAAAGGUGAAGUGAUGGUCAUCUCUGACAGUGAGGAAGAAGAAGUUGUGAUAUUAAAUCAAGAAGUUCAAAGCAAACACUUGAAACCCAGAAAAGGAAAACUGUGAUGAUCAGAAGACCUGUGUCUUUUUCAAGCUUCGUAUCACCAAGAACGUGUCCUGAAAGCCGGCUUUCUCCUUAAUGCUUUUGCAUUUCUACUGAUUGUAUUUAGGCUUUAAAAGAAGGCACAUGAGAGAUAAAUAAAUGUUCUUUUUUUAUUUACA